UUAUUCGUUAUGGAUAAUAGACACUGCUAGAGUCAGCAAUAAUUCUGCUCAGUUGUUAACAGAAGGCAACAGGACACUAGACAACAUUUGCUUUUCACUUAAAGAUGAAAACGAAAGUGACCAUGAAACCAAGAAAAGAAAUAAACGACCCACUAAGACCUUAGAGACCAAAAGAAGUGGUAAUCGGAAGAGUGCAGUGCUGAGAACCAAAUUCCGAAGCGAAGAAAAGGAUGAUGAGUCACAAGAUCAGAGGCGCAAGAAACAUCAAGAAGAAUUGGCAGCUCGGAAACAAGCUGAUGGGCUCGCCAGGUUCAGUGAAAAAUCGAAUGAAAAGGCCAGUCAACAUAAAGCUGUUUUUAGAGCAUUUGAAAGUUAUAAAAGAGACACUGCACUUCCAAAAGAAGUCAAGGAUUUGAAGAUUAUUGUAGAUACAAAGAGUGAAUCAAUUAUUUUACCGGUUUUCGGAUUUGCAGUCCCUUUUCAUAUAUCUACAUUGAAAAACGUGAACAAGUCGGAAGAAGGAGAAUAUGUUUAUCUACGGUUAAAUUUUUUGACUCCGGGUCAAGCUACAGGAAAAAAGGAAGAUAAUCCUUUCGAUGACCCAAGUGCAACUUUUGUUAGGGCUUUCACAUAUCGUAGUACAGAUCAAUUAUUAUCUGAAAUUUAUAAAAAAAUAAUUGAUCUCAAAAAAGCUGCUGCUAAAAGAGAGACCGAAAGGAAGGAGAUGGCAGAUUUGAUAGCUCAAGAUAAGCUGAUUGAAAUAAAAG